AUGAAAAGAGUCGCCGUGCCCGGGCUCGUGCUUGCGCGUGCAGCUUCCCUGGUAGAGGAAGGAAGGCCGAAGCUUCCCUGGGAAUGUACAGAGUCAAACGCAGACUUCGCCCAGUUCCAGGAGUGCGCGAACUACCUUGGCCCCAAUGGCUUCGAUGCGGUGCAGGUCUCACCCGUGACCGAGCAUAUCCUCGGGUCGGAGUGGUUUACCAAGUACCAGCCCAUUGGCUUCGGCCUCAACUCCCGCUCGGGCAGUGAGGGCCAGUUCAAAGAGAUGGUCGCGAAGUGCCGCGCUGCUGGGGUUCAGGUCAUCGUGGAUGUGAUUCUCAACCACGUCGCCGCGCCAUGCCAGGCUGCCAUCGAGGCAGGCGGUGCGGUCGUGAUGCCCUGCAAGGGAUGGGCCGGCUCGCCCUACGGGAACCGGAGGAUCAACUCCCAGGAUGGCUGGAAGGGCCCCGAGCUUUUCCACAACCGCCAGGCCAUUGACGGCAACCUCCUGGGCAACUGCCCUGUUGAGGAGCCCAGCUUCACGUGUCCGCAGAGUGACCCUCCUGGUGACUGCACGCAAUGCGACUUCAAAGGCCUCCCUGACUGGAACACGGGUCUGCAGCCCACGCGCGACAUCCUGGUGAAGCAUCUCACGGAGUUGCACGAUCUGGGUGUAACAAUGCUCCGCCUCGAUGCAGCAAGCUACGUCUCCACGGAGGAUUUGGCAGCGAUCAUCAAUCAGCUGCCCUGGGACUUGGUGUACCAGGAGUGGUGGGGCGGCGUGCCUCUCGAAGAGAGGAGCGUGGCCGUCGGGCACUACCGGGAUCAGAAGUAUGGGCUGAAGAUCACCAAUGCCCUGGGCGUGGGCGACGCCAAGUACAUGCCGGAGCUCUUGAACAUUAGCCACGGCAUCGAUGGCAUCCCCCCAGAGCGCGCCGUCUACCCGCUGACCUUCCACGACCAGAGGACUUUCGAGGCUGAUCGCUUCGUCCCGACCUUCAAGAACGGCUUGGAGUUUCAUCAGCAGCAGAAGUUCAUGCUCGCCUGGCCGGAGGCGGUUGGCGUGCGCCUCUUUGGCGGCUACACCUUCACGGACAUGGAUGCGGGACCCCCUGGAAACUGUGGGAACGGCCGAUGCCAGCCAUUUCCCGUGUACAUGUUCAAUGAUGCCGAGCCUCGCUGCAUGCCGACGCCCACGACAUCCCCAUUGGCAACCGACUACGAGGGCUGGGUCUGUGAGCACCGCUGGGAGGGUAUCGCCGGCCUUGUGGGCUUCCGCAAGGCUUGUCGCGGGCUUCCCGUUACGCAGACGUGGUCGGAGUCGAGCAUUCCAUCUGUAGGACUAGGACGCUUUGCUUUCCGCGCUGGUCCCGACUGCUUCGUUGCACUGGUGCGAGGUGGCCCAACUACUGGGGCAACCUCGGCCCUUGGCGGCUCGCAGGCGUGA